UUUCCAAGUAUUGUUGGUUGGCCCCGCCACACUGGUGUCAUGGUUGGGAUGGGACAGAAAGAUGCAUAUGUUGGUGAUGAGGCCCAGUCCAAGAGACUGACUUUGAAAUACCCUAUUGAGCAUGGAAUUGUCAGUAAUUGGGAUGAUAUGGAGAAGAUCUGGCAUCAUACAUUCUACAAUGAGCUCCGUGAGCUCCAUGUAGCACCUGAAGAACAUCCAGUUCUUCUCACAGAAGCCCCUCUGAAUCCAAAGGCCAACAGGGAAAAGAUCACGCAAAUAAUGUUUGAGACGUGUAAUGUUCCUGCCAUGUAUGUUGCCAUUCAAGCUGUCCUCUCCCUUUAUGCCAGUGGACGUACAACAGGUAUUGUGCUGGACUCUGGUGAUGGUGUCAGCCACACAGUCCCGAUCUAUGAGGGAUAUGCACUUCCACAUGCUAUCUUACGGCUUGAUCUUGCUGGUAGAGAUCUGACGGAUGCUUUGAUGAAGAUUUUGACUGAGAGGGGGUACUCCUUCACUACCACAGCCGAGCGGGAAAUUGUUCGUGACAUUAAAGAGAAGCUUGCUUAUGUAGCCCUUGAUUAUGAGCAAGAGCUCGAGACUGCCAAGAGCAGCUCGGCACUUGAAAAAAGCUAUGGGCUACCUGAUGGCCGGGUCAUCACCAUUGGGGCUGAGCGAUUCAGGUGCCCUGAGGUGCUCUUCCAGCCUGCUCUCUUGGAAACCCCUGGUAUCCAUGAGACUACCUACAAUUCUGUCAUGAAGUGUGACGUGGAUAUCAGGAAGGACUUGUAUGGAAACAUUGUGCUUAGUGGAGGGUCCACUAUUGUCACAUUCCGAACCCAACACCCGGAU